AUGUACUUUCCAUACUCCGCCAUGGCUGCCUUGUGCCCGGACAAUUCUCAGGUCUGUACAACCUCAUCGCCAACGGGCCAGACGUAUCUCGAGGAGGAUGGCGGGCGAGGUUGCGCUAGUGCUGGCUCGAUCGUGAGCGUUCUCCUGCGCAGCUUUCACUUAGCAAGCCAUCGUGGCGCGGGGCGCUCGUGCGGAACAAGGGUGGAGCUCUGCGGUAAUGAUCCGCACGGCUCGCAGUCGCUUCAGCGCACAGCGAGGAUAUGCUCCAGAGCAUUGGGGCUCCGGGCUCGUGCUCUGCAGAAGCUGCCUGGUGCAGGAGGACUGGUCGCCACAGGCAGCAGAAGUUACAGAGGCUCCCAGGUCGGCUUCAGGGGCUCAAGAGCCUUGAUACCAAAGCCCAGGAGAUGCCAUAGACCGCAGCUCUGCGGUAAUGUGCAUCACCAAAUGGCGCUCAAGUUCUUCAGCGCUUGUCAGCCCAAACUUCAACCCCUAGGCGGAGACCUCAAGGCGACUGGGUCGACCGUGGGCAGUGGCCCAAUCCUGAUGCUCUUCCCGGCCGCUGGGCUCAAAAUUGUUGACCCGCUGGUGGCUCCGGUGCGGGCAGGCACGGACGUCUCGAGGAAGCGUGUGGACCUCGCCAUCUGGUCUCCGGGAACAGCAGGCUUCAACACACAGGUCAUUCGCUGGGCCUUACCUUGGACUGUUCCGGCCGCAUUGCAGAGGCAGUUUCCCUGGUUUUUGCCUGCACCGAAUGGCUUGGGCACCAUGGCUUACACGAGCAGCAAUGUAGUGCAGGCGAUGACGGCCGCGUUUCGACUGUCGAGCACCGAGGAGGGGACGAGCAAGCGGUGGCCAAUCGAAGACCUCUACGACCGCGACUGGACCUUGGGCGACGUGGAGUACCCGGACCCCCAGGGCCAUGUCUUGACGGGCAACGUGAGCCGAUCCAUGGUCGACCACCCCGCGGACCCGGUCCAGCUCACCUCCUACGACAACGACUGGCUCGUAGAGCAUCUGACGCCAAGGCUGCGGGACUUUAUCAUCUCCCGCUUUCAGCCUGACCUGAUUACGGAGCCCAAGUUCGUUGCCUCCAUAGGGAAGUACGUGGGCGCCAAGUAUCUGCAGACAUCGGGCAGCUUCAUCUCUGACGCAAAAAAAGUUAUUUCUGGCCUGGUCAAGCUCCACUCCGAGUUCAUCUACAAGCAGGUGCUUGCAUACCCCUGGAUGGUGCAGAGAUUGCUGCAAGCAGCCGUCAUAUUGCUGCAGGGUCAUCAGCUCUUGAACCUGAAGCGCUUCGGGUCACAGAGCUGGCUGAAGAAGGCCACCCUUAGCAUCAUCGCAGGACCCAUGGCCGAGUCCACGAUCUUGGACUCCAGGGACGUUUGCAAUUCCUCGGACGAGAAGGGCGACAGAUUCCUGCCGGAGGAUUUGGUGGAUGCUGACACUGCAGGCCUUGGCUCCGUUCGCGAGCUUCCUGCUGCAAUGGAGCAUGUGCAGUGGACCAAAGCGGCUCGCCGGAGGCGCAGGUCUUCCAUGCACCUCUGGCGGCGGCGCACCCAGGCGGCGGAGUUCAUCCAGGCGAUGUACCGCCAGCGCGUGCAGCAGCGCAGAGACGAGGGGCCCACAGAGUUUUUGAGUCUGCUCCGCUGCUUUGGCUCAGUUUGUGACAUGCCAUCGUUGGGCUUUAUCUUGGACGAUGGCGGCCGCAUUGCGGAGGUCACCUGCGCAGGAGUUGUGAGAGCGGGGGGUGGACCAACAAGCUUCUCGGCACGAGGAUCCUUGCCAACCACCAAGCCGGCCCAGAAGACCGCGGUUCCCGUGUCAAGUAGCAGGCGAAGCUCAGCACUUGGGCAUCCCGCACUCCUCCCGCAGAAGGGCGAUGCGGUGAGACUGGUGCCGGGAGUCCACGAGGAGGACCAGAUCAGCACCUGCCUGAAGGUGGCUGCGGAGGCCUGCCGAAGGACCUGGCAAAGGCGCUGCAGAGUCGCGAAGCAGGAAGCCGACAACUCUGAAGGGGCACUGCAGAAAGAGCUUCUUGAAGAGGAUCGCGCGAAGAUUGUGGAGGAGGACAAUUGGCGGCUGCUUGAAAUGAGCCGCCGCAAGCAGUCCUUGAGAGGCCAAUGCCAGCUUCUCAAGGCCUGUUGCUUCCGACUCUGGUGGUGUUUGGGCACCGAGCUGCCAGGACUCGAUGUGGUGGCGCCCGCGGAGCAGGAUGACACCCAGGCCGUGGACCCCUGCCCGUUAAGCGGGUGCCGCUUCCCGAAGACUGGCGGCAUGCUCCGGUUCCAGGCCCAGCUCUUCCAUGGCUUCGCCGAGGCACUCAGCCGACGCGUGGAGUCGAAAGGCAGUGCUCACUUCCAUGUCUCCCAAGGAGCGCCUUAG